AUGCUCGCAAGCACUGUACUUGUACUUACUUAUGACUUGCCACCGAUCCGAUUGGCAAUGACCGCUUCUGCUCGUCGCUCACCACCUCACAACUCGCCAUCCAGCAGCCUCGCUCUCCGUCUGAUCCUACGACGACAACCUUCACCUCCACCUCCGCCUCCACUUCUCCCCGCUCGCUUCGCAUCCAAGUCGGGCUCUCAGCGUACGACCAAGCCUGCUCGAACUCCUCUCCCUCGACGACCGCUCGACGCCGACGCCGACGCCGAUCCCGACCACGACGCCGGCUCCGCGCUCCCGACAUCGACGACGACGACGACGACGACGGAUAGGCUGGACGACGGGACCGACGGGAAAAUGACGCCGCAUCCGACGCUCAAGGCGACGUGCGCCUCCAGGUCGGAGACGGCCACCCACCCGCUCACCUCGUAUCUCUUCAAGCUGAUGGACCUCAAGGCGUCCAACCUCUGCCUGAGCGCCGACGUGGCCACGGCGCGGGAGCUGCUCUACUUUGCCGACAAGAUCGGCCCGUCCAUCGUCGUGCUCAAGACGCACCACGACAUGGUCUCGGGCUGGGACUUUCACCCCCAGACGGGCACGGGCGCGAGGCUCGCCUCGCUGGCGCGCAAGCACGGCUUCCUCAUCUUCGAGGAUCGCAAGUUCGGCGACAUCGGCAACACGGUCGAGCUGCAGUACACGGCAGGCUCGGCCCGCAUCAUCGAGUGGGCGCACAUCGUCAACGUCAACAUGGUGCCCGGCAAGGCGUCGGUGACGUCGCUGCAGAGCGCGGCGACGCGCUGGCUCGAGCGGUACCCGUACGAGGUCAAGACGUCGGUCUCGGUCGGCACCCCGACGGCCGACCAGUUCGACGACGCCGACUCGGCGCCGAGCCAGGACGGCCAGGACGGCCGCGACGGCCGCGACGACCGCGACGACCGCGACCUCCUGGCCCGGCGGCCCGGCGACGGGCGCAAGGGCAGCAUCGUCUCCGUCACCACGGUGACGCAGCAGUACGAGCCGGCCAACUCGCCCCGGCUGACCAAGAACGCGUCGGGCGUCGAGGUGGCGCCCUUCCCGGGCAUCGAGGAGCCGCCCAUGACGCGCGGCCUGCUGAUCCUGGCCCAGAUGUCGAGCGAGGGCAACUUCAUGAACGCCGAGUACACGCGCGCCUGCGUCGAGGCGGCCCGGGAGCACAAGGACUUUGUCAUGGGCUUCGUCUCGCAGGAGAGCCUGAACGCGGAACCCGAGGACCAGUUCAUCCACAUGACGCCCGGCUGCCAGCUGCCGCCCCACGACGAGGACCAGAACGGCGCCGUCGAGGGCGACGGCAAGGGCCAGCAGUACAACACGCCGCAGAAGAUCAUAUCCGUCGCCGGCACCGACGUCGUCAUCGUCGGACGGGGCAUCCUCAAGGCCGGCGACGUCGAGGAGGAGGCCGAGAGGUACCGGUCGGCCGCCUGGAAGGCCUACACGGAGCGCGUGUCUCACGCGGCCCGCGCCAUGCCCGUCGGCGGCGAGGAGGAAGAGGUGGAGGGGAGCCGUGCCGGUGCCGUCCGUCCCGUCGCCGGUGGCCGGUCGAGACGCGGAACCUGUGACGAUGUGCUCGGAUAUGACUGUUUUGUUUGGGGCCAGGAAGCAUGGCUGGCCGAGGGAAGAAGCUUUGGGCCUUUUGCCGGGAACGAAUGUAUGCUUGCUUUACCCGUACCUCUCGCACGCAAUCCAACCACCCCCUCCCUGACCACGGCGACGCUCGAGCUCUCGGAGCCGCACCGGGUACGUGCUCCUUAUCAUCUGGCGUCUACGAACAGAACCCCUCCCCCCCUCUCAUUGCCUUGCCACCCACUCCCAUCCGGGUGGCUCAGCGUCGACUCGGCUUCGAUGGCGGCCCUGGAAAAGGAAGCACUCGCCCGCCCGCCCAGCGACGGCAACCAGGAGAGGUGA